AUGCUUAUCUCCGCCACGAAUACAAUAAAAAUGGAAGGUCAUUGGUCAAUGGGUCCUGGUACUUUAGAAGUACCUUUAUCGCUGUAUGCUAAAAAUCGACAAAGACUUACUGAACAGCUACAAAGUGGCCAAAUUGUUGUUUUGCAAGGUGGAGAAAGUAUCAAUCACUAUGAUACUGAUGUUGAAUAUGUGUUUAGACAGGAAGCAUACUUUACUUGGUUAUGUGGUGUCCGCGAGCCUGGUUGCUACUUUGCUUUAGAUGUCAAGACAAGAAAGUCUCAUCUUUUUGUUCCAAGGCUUCCAGAAGAAUAUGAAGUAUGGAUGGGAAAACUGCUCUCAUGCUCUGAAUUCCAAAAAAUCUAUGGGGUUGAUGAUGUGCAUUAUGUAGAUGAGAUAAGAGAUAUAUUAAAGUCUUUAAAUCCUGAGACCUUACUGACCCUUAGUGGUCCCAAUACUGAUAGUGGCCUAACAGCCAAAGAAGCAGUAUUUGCUGGAAUUGAUGAAUUCAAAGUGGAUAACGAAACAUUAUUCCCGAUUAUUGCUGAACUCCGUGUGAUAAAAACACCAGAAGAAAUUGAAGUAAUGCGAUAUGUUUGCAAAGUGUCAUCUGACGCUCAUAAACAGGUGAUGCUAUACACGCGUCCAGGUCUCAUAGAGUACCAAUGCGAGUCAGUGUUCCUGGACCACUGUUACCGCGUGGGCGGGUGUCGCCACGUCUCUUACACGUGUAUCUGCGGCUCGGGACACAACGGCGCCACCCUGCACUACGGCCACGCCGGUGCGCCUAAUGCUAAGAUGAUUCGUGAUGGAGAUAUGUGUCUGUUCGACAUGGGCGGUAACUACGCGGGCUACGCGGCGGACAUCACGUGCUCCUUCCCUGCCAACGGGAAGUUCACCGCCGACCAGAAACUCAUCUAUGAAGCUGUGCUAUUUGCUAGAGACGCGGUGUUAAGAGAAGCAAAGCCGGGUGUACUGUGGCCUGACAUGCACUUGACCGCGAACCGCGCCAUGUUGGAACAUUUGAAGCAAGGCGGUCUUCUAAAGGGCGAUGUGGAAAAGAUGAUUGAGGCGGGCGUGCACGGCGUGCUGCAGCCGCACGGGCUCGGCCACCUGCUGGGGCUGGACGUGCACGACGUGGGCGGCUACCUGCCGCGCGCGCCGCCGCGCCCGCGCGGCCCGCUCGCGCGCCUGCGCACCGCGCGCGCGCUGCGCCCCGCCAUGCUGCUCACCGUCGAGCCCGGCUGCUACUUCAUAGAUAGGCUGUUGGAUGCCGCACAAAACGAUCCCAAUCAGUCCCAGUUCUUCAAUUGGGAGAGAGUGAAUCAGUUCAGGGGCUUAGGUGGCGUUCGCAUUGAAGAUGAUGUGCUUAUUACUGAGAAUGGCGUUGAAAACUUGACAUUCGUCCCAAGAACUGUUGCAGAAAUUGAAGAUUUCAUGGCGAACGGGGCCAACUUCAAA